AUGAGACUUUUAGUUGCAGUAGAUGAUAAAUCUAGCUUUAAAGAAAUUGUAUGUGAACAUGGAACAGAUACUUCAAAGCAAACUGGAAUUCAACCAAUCUCCAUAACUUCGUAUAAGUAUGGUGGGGAAAAAUCUGAUAGAAUUGCAAAAAUUAUCAGUUUUACUCAUGGUUCCCAUAAAUUAUUGGCGAUUGUGCGAAAUAAUUAUACGGUUCAAAUUUUGAAACUCACCUCGACAUCGACCGUUAAUAAUUAUACCGUAGUAAAAAGUAUCCCAUUAGAACCAGGAAAUGAUACCACUAAACUGGGAGAGGCCCCAAGUUACGAAACUAAAUUUGUGGCGUUGAAUAUUCACCAUGAUGAGUUUUUGUACGCUGCUACCCAAUCUGGAGACGCAUACUUUAUCUCCCUUGACGAUAUUGUCGAAGGAAUUCCUUCGGAGGUAGACCAAGAGGAAAUUGAAGAGCAUGAAAAGGAAUACCAAGAAAAGGCAGAAGCCAGAGACAAAAAAUUUGAAGAGUCGAUAGCAGCUCGCAAGAAAGACCCAAAGAAACUUGUCGAGCCAAAGAAGCCUAUCAAAAUCACCAGAAACAUUCCAGAAAUUUUAUUCGAUAACGAUGUGCCAGUGAUUCAGGUGAAUUUAAAACGUACCAGAGUGCAUGCUUUUGUUGACAGCACUGCUAACUUUGGGAUUUUUGCUUAUGGUGGAGAAAAUGAGGAUCUUCGUAUCAUCUCAGUCGCUACAGAGUUGUCAGACCACAAACAAAAACAAUUGAAGGGAAAAUCCAAGUCAAAAUCAUUGAAGCUCUCUCAACCUUUGGUGCUCUACGAGGCCAAGAAUGUUAAGCAUGACAGAUUGGAUCUUCGAGUGCCGGUAUGGGUUUCCAAUAUCGUAUUUUUUAACGAAGAGACCAAUAAGUUAGAUCAUACCCCAACCCCUGAUGAAUUCAAAUCUCAAACCGUAAAAUUGGAACUCUUGACUACGACAUAUUAUGGAGAAAUCAGAAAAUACGAUACUUCACACGGUCGUAAACCGGUGUCGAAUCAAAUAGCAUUUCCCGCCCCGCACAACACUCCAAACAAAAAACCAAAAAUUUUGACCAUGGGGAUCGGGAAAACUGGAGUACAAGACGAUGCCAUUGUUAUUAGCGAUGAUCAUAAUUCAGUGAUCAAAUACAAUAUUGUUAAAAACAGAUCGUUGGGUAAACUUGUCGGAGCCCAGGGGGCAACUCAAUCCAUUUAUUGUACCAUGGAUGUUGUGGUCACUGGCGGGCUAGACAAAUAUGUCAGAGUUUUUGAAAGAGAAGAUAGGGAACAGAUUGCUAAAGUAUUUGUCAAGUCUAGAAUCAGCUGUGUUUAUCUUGUGGAGGAAGAUCAUGAAGAAAACGAUAAAAAGAGAAGUCUCGAAGAAGAUGAUGAACAAGACCAUUCUAAUGAAGAAGAGGAUGAUGGUGCAGAUGACCUUUGGGAUCAACUAGAAGAGGAAGAUGAAAGCCAACUCAAAGUCAAACCAAAGAAGAAGAAGGCUAGAAAAUAG